AUGAGCAGAAAGGCAGACCAAAAAAAUAGAGAGGUAAAUAAAGAGAGAAGAAAAAAAUCUAAAUUAAAGAAGUAAAGAGAAAGAAGAAAAUUAAGAAAAGAUAAAUAAAAGAAGCAUUGUAAAGAUAGAAACCAAAUUAAUAAUUAAAAAUUAAAGAAAGAAAAAUCAAAGGAUUAAAAAUAAUCAAAGAAUACAAUCAAAAUGGUUAAGUAAGAAGAAAAGUCCAUCGACACUACCGUCAAUCUCCACAAGCAAUGCCACAAGAUCUCUUUCAAGAAGAAGGCCCCUAGAGCUAUUAGAGAAAUUGUUGCCAUCGCCAAGAAGACCAUGGGUACCGAUGACGUUAGAAUCGACACUGAACUCAAUAAAUUCAUUUGGAGCAAUGGUAUCAGAAAUAUUCCCAGAAGAGUCAGAGUUAGACUCUGCAAGAGAAAAAAUGAAGAAGAAGGUGCUCAAUCCUAAUUCUACACCCUUGUCCAACACUUACAAGUCGAUUCUUACCACGGUCUUUUGACUGAAAAGACUAAGGCUGAAUGA